UACAACGUUCUAUUGGAAGGCUUACUGUAAAAGGUUUUAGAAAACCAGAUUUUUCUUACUUUAGAAAGAAAAAUAUUCUUCUUUUUGUUGUGUUGUAAAAAAUAAAACGUACUGAGUUGAAGUUUAUAAAAGUUAAAAGUAUUAAUUUGAAUUUCUUCGAAGCACUUUUUAGAAUUAAAAUCUGUCAGUAUUUCUCUAAUUAAAAUUACAUAUCCAGAUGUUGCUUUGUGAACGAACCAAUAUCUCAACUAUGAAAACAAAAAGAAAAGUAUCAUAAGAUAAUUUAGUAGUUAAAAUAUGAGAAAUAUAGUAUUCAAUUUUGCCGGAUUUCAUAUAAAAGUUAGAUUAUGUACCAAUAUAUGUAAAAUAAAAAAUUAUCAAUGUUGAGCUAUUUUACUUUCUUAUUAUGACUGUUUCAGAUCAUGACAAUCAACACUCAGAUUAUUAUAUAUAUAUAGACAUGCUGAUCACUGUCCACACCCUCUCAAUUUCUGACAUAUUCACAUUUGUUUCUGAAGAAAGGUAAAUUUCAUUUGUCACACAGUUUUACAGAGGAUAUAACUUCUCACAGAUUCAUUUACAUCUAGUUUAAUAUUUAUCAUCAUUCUUAUAUAUAGAAAAAAAAGAAGCUUCACUAAGUCCGAUGCCCAAAAGCUGUUCUCGUAAAAUAUUCAUGCAAAUUUUUUAUUAUCUCAUAGUACAUAAUCCAUCUUCGAUAUAACUUCUUUAGGCUUAAGGUGUGAUUGUGAAAAUUGCAGUGUUGUUAAGAAUGGCUUCAAACGACGAUCUUGAAUUUUCUUUUGAAGUUAAUUCCUUCUUGGAUUCGCUAGAAACUUUUAAUGCUGUCACGGAGCGUCAAGAAAAUCCUUCGUUGUUGGCUUCUCAACAUGAGCACCGUGAGAUGGUUCCAUAUGUCCCUGUCUCUGCUGCCACAAAUGAUGUAUAUCCACCAUCAUUGAUAGAAAAUCCGAACACUGAUCAAGAGACAUUAACAAGAAAUCCAAGCUUUGAUCAAGAGAGAGUAACACAAAAUCAAAGCUUCCGUCAUGUGGACGAUUAUUCUAGAUCUAUCAACGCAUUACAGUUAUCUCCCAACGUGCCAUCAUGUACAUUCCCGAAUGGCCAAAGAGAAAGUAUCUACAGUAAAAACUGUUUGCUAACCUCAGCCAAUAACGCGAUGAUGAGCACUGGACUACAAUCAGUUGGUUCACAACAUGGAUAUGUAAACCAAAGCUAUCAACAACCUUUGAUGUCGCAAACAAAUCACCACCUCUUUAACGAUCCAUAUGUUUCACUAAUGAUGGAAAGUAAUGCACAACAAGUGGAGAAAGCUAAUGGACUUACAAAUUUCAAUCCUAUGUAUGGCCUUCGAGAUCAUCGCCUUCCUCCUUUUGGAUGCAGCUUUCAGGGAGAACGACAUAAUCUCGACUUAAUAGUUGACCAACUCAAGCAUAUCAGUGGAAAUGAUCAGAUGCAACAAGCUGAAACGUCCAACAGGCAUAUUCCACCAUAUGAGGAGGCUUUGCAAAGCAAUCAACACCAGAUUCCUUAUGCGUCGUCUGCAAAUACUAUACCAAAUCCAGGGUAUCGUACUCCCAUGAUUUCAAACACCCAAGUCCUACAAACGCCGGAAAACUAUCCACCCUUUGCGCAGACGCCAUAUCAAUCUGAUCCAUUUGCUUUUAAUUUCCAAAAUUCAAGCUCAGUUAAAACUACUCGUCGAGCCCGGGGAAGGCCGAGAAAAAAUCAAAUUCCGUUGCCUUUGGUACCUACAACUCAAACGCUUUUAACCUCUCCCAGACAUUAUGGCACACAAGAUAAGGGAAAACAACCUAUUACAGCAAGGCCGCCUUUUAACCCAAGUCUCUACGAUCAAUGUCAAAAUUCAUACACAAACACAAUGAUCCAACAAAGUGGAGUUAUGAGGCAACGUAGUAUUUAUGAUCAACUCGAAAAUGAAUGCUCAUCGUUUAAAACAAGGAGGAUCAUGGUCCCGUGUCAAGAGAAAUCUAUAGCAGAUUCAUCAACGGCUUCCUUUUGGCAAGAUGGAAAUUUGCGUUCAUCAAGUGCUGCAGGCAGUAACCAUGAAGAGAGGCCCAUAAAAAAUACAAUGUAUGAUCCAUUGUACGCAGGUGUUGGAUUACCCAUCGAUCCUCAUUUGAGGCUCUUUUAGUUAACUUUAUUGAAAUGGUAAUUAUCUCGUAUAUUUUACCAAGUCAUUUAGGAUCUGUAUAUAUUUAAACAAUAUAUAAUCAAAUAUUACAUUGUAAUCUUUUGUGAUUUUUCUCCUUUUCAGAACAACAUAUUUUUUUUUUUUGAAUUAUACACAGUUUCCCCAAAGGCUUCCCAGGCCCAAGGGACUAAUCUGUGUCGCUGCGGCCCGAAUGUUAAAUUUCAGAACAACAUAUUUUGCAUGUUUCAAGAAUUCAUUAUGAUGGAAAAGUAUUUCGAGACCAUCCCUCCAGAUCAUAUAACCAGCUAGAAUAUAUACAACAGUAUGUAAUGUAGUCGUUUAUAAUAGUAUUGUCAACAUAUCACUAUCAAAAUUCAAAUUCGGUAGUGCGUGAUUUGUGGAAAAAAGCAUGCAUGUACUAAAGAGAACUAUAAUAUACAAAACUGAAGUAAUUUACUAGC